AUUGUUUUCAUCUAAUUAAAAAAAGAACCCAAACUUUGCAAGCAUCCAUCUAAUAAUUCUUUAGUAGGUUAUUAUUUGGUGUGAAUUGCAAGCGGAAAUAUAUUAUACGGACUUUCAGUGCUUCAAAGUUGGGCAAAAUUUCAGGGUUUUUUUAAAACUGUUACAACGUGAAAAUGGUGUAUUGUAUUCAGGUUGCCCAUGACCUUAGAUUUUACAGAAGAUUUCUCUUAUCAGCACAUUCUGAUUUUGUUGGUAAGUUAAAGCAUUGAUCAGUACUAGUGCCCUAAAGUUGGGCAAUUUUUAUGUUUUUUACGUGCCGAAAUCUGGGAAAAUGGCCUAUAAACUUCUUUGGCCUGUUGCCAUAGCAACGAGAGGUUUUGAGCAAAAUGAAAGCUAUUUUGAGGGGUUGUGUAGCAAGUACUAUCAUUGUGCAAAAUAUGAGCGAAAUCGAUUUUUUACCCCAGCCACCAUGAGUGUUUGACCUUUACAGAGUACAUUCGCUCAAAAGUGAUCAGACCGGUUUGAUCAAGAUAAGUGACCACGACAACGUGGCGGAUCGGCACUGAAAUGUCUCUAACAUUGCUGUCCGAACUGUAAAGACACUCCAAAAUGGCAUAUCUUAGGCAAGUACACUGCAAGAGAAUGUUCCACCGGAGGGGAUAUCACCAGUGGGAUCGAACCCAAUUCAUCGACUUCGAGCCAGCUGGAGACAUAGUGCACGUGCCCGACCCAGCGGAAUUUUUCCGAGAUCACGGUCACGACUACUACGUGUGCUGUGCCGACAUGGAGGCCAACACACUCGUUUUGGCGAAGUCGAAAGAGAUUUCCAAGACGAGGAAAGCUCCUUUCUUCCACGAGGCACUGCGUCUUGAUGCUGAACAAGUGCUGGUUAUACCUUUUUCUCUGUUACCAGGAGUGGCUGCUGAGGUUGCUAAGGACGUUGGACACAUUACUACUGUAUUCCUCUUCCAUACAAUGCGUUGCGGUUCAACAUUGCUGGUGAAAGCCCUGGAAGCCAGCCGCGCCAUGAACACCCUUUCCGAAUCUGACAUUUACACCAGCAUCUGCCAGUAUGUGGUUACAAAGAAGGACAUCACCGAGAAUGACAUGGGGAUGCUUUAUGACGUCAUUCGACACGCUAACACCCUCUUCAACUACACACUCUGGCGGGAAAACCCGUCCAACACAGUGACGUGUUACAAAAUGCGUGGACAGGUCACUUCAAUAGCAGACAUACUGCACAAGGCCUUGCCGGAUGUUAAGACCGUCCUUCUGUACCGGGGCCUUGCUGGUACUGUGGACUCUUACGCACGCAUGAUUACCGGAGGGAGCUAUUGGAAGUACUGGCUGCUUACAGCACUCAAGCUGGAUUACAACGAGAGUAGAAAAAUAGCCGUCAUGGGCGCGUCCCCUCCAUGGGAAAAUCCCGUUUUCGCGUCAUUACCGGUUCCGCACGGCAUCGUCUGGUUUACGGCAUGCGUCUGGCUGGAGCUGAUGCAGAAAGCAGUCGAGAUGACAGAGCCUGGCUCUUCUCAAAGGUUUCAUGUGGUUCUGAGAUACGAAGAUUUGUAUUUGCACAAGGAGGCAAUGGUGUUGAAGGUACUUGAUUGCCUUGACAUCAAAUGCGGCGACAAAGAUGCCGGGCGGAAGAUUAGAGAGGCUUUUGGUGUCAACAGUCAGGCAGGACAUAUGAUCGCCAGUAGGGGGCCUGCCGGUGGGGAAAGCUGGUUAGGGAAAUGGGAGAUAGCCAUUCUUUCUGAGAUUCUUUCAUAUGCCAACGUAGGGAUCGAUAAGCCAGAUUUUACCCUCAAUGGGACUCUCACCAUUGUUUAAUGUUUACCCGUUCCUUCAAAGGGCGCGAUUGCAUUCGUCGCAGGUCUUCGUCCGAUUUUGUUAUAAUAAUAAUAAUAAUAAUAAUAAUAAUAAUAAUAAUGAUAAUGAUA